AUGGGGAUGCCGCAAGUCCGCAACUCUCCUGUGGGAUGAACGAAAUAUAAGCGUAACGAUAACUCUGAACAACAACCUUUGAUUUUCUUGGGCAUGAUGAAGUGGAUGGUAAAUGGUGCUGAAUACGGCAAAAUUUUCAAAACCCUUUUAAUAUGCUGUGUGCUAGUCAUCCUUCAUUUGUUGAUGGAUUUGCCAGGAACAGAAUGCCCAAAAAUAAUUUUUAAAAACUCUUGGUACAUCAUUUCGCUAUAUGGAGGGUCUUGGCACGGGAACAGAGUCAUCUGCCAAAGCCAAGGAGGGGACCUAAUUUCCAUCGAAACCGAAGAAGAAUGGAAUUUCAUCAAUAACGAGAUUCAAAGGCGAAAUACUGCGAACUAUGACAAUAGAUGGAGUAUUGGUUUAAAAAAAAGGGCCAGGAAUUGGACAUGGAUGAGUGGAAGACCGCUGACUAUUUGCAAAUGGGGAAAAGGGGAGCCAAAUGGUGAACACGGGGUGGCUUUCAUGUACAAGCUCAACAGUAAUGGCGAACAAAGCGUGUUUGGUAGUGUUACUCGUUUACGUCAGGGAAACGCUUAUAUUUGUGAGAUUGCAAAUGUUUUGGCCAUUCAAAAAGCCUAUCGCCAGAAUGCAGGUGGCGUUUACUUUGAGGAACAACAAUGGCGAGCGAGAAUCGAUAUCGCUUCUUCAAAUUUUGAGGAAAAUGGAACAUUGCUAGUUGUGUUUGUGUACAAGGAUCUGCAUGACCUACUUCUGACAGAUCAAGCCAUCAGGAGUGAAACAGACAACCAAAGGUAUGUCAACUCCAGGAUAAUAGCCGUAACUAUGGACCCCAAGCCAGAGACAUUGCGAGAAAAUGUCAUCCUAAAGUUCAAAAACCUAAAGGUCUUGACAGCGGAGAAGCGCUGUAUGUUUUGGAGUGGCCUCAGCAAAAGCUUUGCAGAAAAAGGAUGCCAUAUAGUUGCAUCAAAAAGCAACUCAGAAGAAACAGUUUGCAGCUGCAAUCAUUUGACGCAUUUUGCCGUCUUAAUGGACUACGACGGCAGCACAAAGCUCACCGAGGAGGACAAAACAAUUCUGAAAAUUAUCACCUACGUGGGACUGAGCCUUUCCAUCGUCGGGAUACUUUUAACAUUAAUACUUUAUUCUUGCCUCACAGAUGUUUGUCAACCUCUCUCUCAAAUUCGACUGAGUGUUUCUGUGUCACUUGGAGCUGGACAGAUCAUCUUCCUCGCCGGAAUAAACGCCACAGAAAACAAAGCUGCUUGUGUUACAGUAGCAGCUCUGAUGCAGUAUUUCUUGAUGGCCGCUUUCUGUUGGAUGCUGAUCGAGGGAAUUUAUCUCUACUUCUUCGUUGUGAAAGUUUACAACAUUAACACCAAGAUGUACAUGUAUCAUGUCAUCUCAUGGGGUCUUCCAGUGAUCAUGGUGGCCAUUUCACUUGGCAUCGCUGCUGGAAAAGAAGGGUUACAAAGCUAUACGAGUGAUAAACAUUGCUGGCUUUCCUCGACUAACAACCUGAUCUGGAUAUUCGUCGCCUUCGUGGCUUUCAUUGAAGUUCUCAACAUCAUGAUACUCGCACGAGUCAUAAAGGAGAUGACCAAUUUGUUGCAGCCAAUAGGGGAAGACGACCAUUCUCAGCAAAUACGAAUUGGCAUCAAAUCAUGCGUGGUGAUGAUUCCCCUGCUGGGUAUCACGUGGAUAUUCGGUCUCCUCUCGCCUGUACAUAAAGCUUUCGUUUACAUCUUCACCAUACUUAACUCUGCUCAGGGUUUCCUGAUUUUCGCUCUUCACUGCAUGCGAAACACCCAGAUCAGAGAGCGUCUCAAAAGAAAGAAGAAUAUCGUUUUUCCAUCUUCUAUAGAGAAAAAAUCCACAAGGAAGAGCUCACAGGUCAAUCCAAGUGAGGUUGGGGAUGUAUGGGCAGUUGAACUGCAAUCCUGUGCUGAGUUUCAAUCGAAUUCGCAUUUAACUUAAAUAACUAGAUCCAGCCAACAGGGAAUGACAGUCAAUUAGUUAAUAUAGUGAACAGCAGUAAGUCGGUUACGAUCGAUCUGAUUUGCGAUCUCGAGCUAAAAGAGGUCUUUCUUUUCAUUAUUGUUUAAGCACUCAACUAGCUGUAAUUGCAACCUAUCUUCUUUAGGAUUAUAAGUUUAUUUUCUAGGCGAUGGUAUAUUUGCAGGCAAGAUUCAUCGAAAUAAACCAAUCUAUAAAUUUAAAUUUCUAAUGGCUCAGUACCUUGAUGACUGUCCUUCGACUAAGACCACAGUCUGCUACAGACGAGGCGGGAAUUUUUGCCAGGAAAUUACGACCCUUCUUUCUUUAAAAACCACUCUCGCACGCAGCUUUAAUUAAAUGUAUUUAUCUUUUGAUUCUUGCGCGCUAACUUUCUGCGCUUACUGCAUGAUUAUUUCAUAUUCGACGUUUCACUUAUUAAGUUUACAAACGUCUCACCCAACACUGUCAUUACUUUUUACUAUGGAUAAUAAUAACUGAAGCCCAGUCAUGCAGAAAUGAAAAACCAAGGAACUUUCUGGAGCAUUUUAUUAGGUAACGUAGUUAUGAUGUAAAUGCACUACCAAUAUAGUUGUGUUGUAAGCUUCCGGAAUUUUUGAGAGUGCUUUGUACAUAAGGCCUGACAGUCGUGUAGCAGUAGUGCUUGUUGUUGUCGGGAGUGACUGACUUUUCAGAAAGCUAUACCGAGAGAGAGCUACUGUGGAAGAUUGUUAAUUUGGAGGCACUUUAGAGACAACUGUGAGAUUGUGUCAGUGUUGAGCUAAGAAAUAGUUUGUGGUGGGCUUCAAUCAGUUUAUUUAAGGAUAAUUAUUCUACUUCCUUUAAGAGUCGCUCCUUGGUAAGAAUAUUACAAGUUGUUUAAUAAAUUAGUUGGGUUUGUUGAUAAAUGAUGUUCUUUCUGUCGGUUAAAUAAUAAUAAUAGUCUCAGCACAUGACGCUGACAUUCAAAGUUGUUGCUUAAUGAAU